AUAUCAAUACUACAAAAUAUGAAGCUAUUGAUACCAUAAUAUAUGAAGCUAUCAAUGCUAUGACAUAUGAAACUAUCAAUAUUGCAAUAUAUAAAAUGAUCAAUUUUGCAAUAUACAAUACUAUCAACGCUACAAAUUAUAAUGAAAUUGAAGAUACAAUAUGCUAUACUAUUAACAGUACAGCAUAUAAGACUAUUGAUAAUACUGUUGGCAGCGCAAUGUAUAAAGUUGUUAACAAUAAAAUAUAUGAGGCUACUAGUGAUGCCAAUAAUAAUAUAAUCUAUAAAGCUAUUGACAAAGAUGAUACAAGAGAUUGCAAUCUCAUAUUUGAUAUAGACUCUUUAAAUAAGAAAUCUGAAUCUUGUCUUAAAAUAACUUUAGAUCAA